GGAAUUGAAGCUAUACGCUUUUGACUUAUCAGGAUUCUAGGAAGAUACUCGUCUGCCACAGGAAAUUUCAUUCCAGGAUCUCCAGUGACUCCCUCCACCGAAGGAUGCAAUCUGGGAAUCCGGGGCCCACCGGGAUUCACACCCCACCAGUUCCCAACGGAACCCUCUACAGCAAGCCCAAGAACAGCCUCGGGGCUUGCCACCCAACGGAACUAUCCACAACAUCUGAUGGUCUAUGGAGCAGCGCCUCAUCUCACUCCUCCUGUCAACGUCCGCCCCACCAUCAUUGCUCGUAACCUAGCGGCUGAAAUGGAGGCGGCUUCCAUCCCAACCAGCAUCAUGUCUCUCAAAUUGUGGAAGAUCUGGGUGAUAAGUUGGACCUCAACAGAAGGCCCAAUGAUUAUGAUUUCUCCUUCCCUGGAGAUAGACUUGAAGAAGGCCAACCUGAACCAAAGAAUAGAAAACAAGGACAGCCCUAGAUUUCUCAAGGCCUAUGUUCACUCCAGGUGAGGGCGAAAUGCCAGAAUUAGGAUUAAAGGACGCAAGCAGCAGGAAAUGGCAGGGGAAGACAAACCAUAACUCUUCGAAGAAGCUGAAGAACUUUUGAAGCACCCACAGGCUUCUAACUCUGAGGUGAAGGUGGCCAACCUUAAGCCACCGGGGUUAGAAUGAGUUGUAUUAGCUGGAACUGCCGGGGAAUUGGGCAAACGCGACAGAAAAUCAUAUUCGAAGAAUGAUUAGAAGAUUUCGCCCCUCCAUUGUGUUCCUCAUGGAAACUAUGAACUCAAGAGAGACUAUGGAGAAGCUUAGAAUCAUCAACAAUUUUUACAAGGGAGAAUAUGUCAAUCCGGAGGGGACAUUGGGCGGACUUGCAAUUUGGUGGGCAGCGGGUCUUCCUCUUUGAAUUUUGGAUUGCGGACAGAAUUUUUUUGAUGUUUUUAUUGACUAUGGUGGAGGUUUUUACCUUACUUUUGUUUACGCCCCCUCGGUUCCUAGUGAGAGGAGGACGUUUUGGGAUAGUUUGUUUAGUAUUAGAAGUGAUCCUAUGUUCCUUGGGUUGUAAUUGGUGACUUGAAUGCUAUGUUAUUUGACUAUGAGAAGUGUGGGGGAGGGGCGCCAAGAAGAGAAUCCGUGGUACCAUUCAAGAACUUUAUCUUCAAUAACGGAUUAAUUGACAUGGGCCACAAAGGACCACAUUUUACAUGGAACAACAAAAGAAGAGGACGUCAGCUUAUCAAAGGGCACCUUGAUCGUGCUCUUUGCACCCCAUCAUGGCGUGCAAUUUUUGACGAAGCUGUUCUCUUCCAUGACAGUGAUGGUCAGAUCUGAUCAUCGAGCGAUAAGACUCGAGUUCCAUGCGCCCGAUUCUAGAAAGAGAAGGCCCUUUCAUUUUGACGACCGUUGGCUUGGGAAGGAGGAAUGUGACCAAGUGGUGCUUAAUGCUUGGGCAACGGAAGGAACCCAUGACCAAAGACUUAAGAGACGUGAAGAAAAUUUGAAAGCUUGGGCGAAGGGGCUGAGAGAAGUUCAACAACAAAGGGAAACAGAAAUAAAAAAUCAGCUUGAGAUUCUCGCCCAAACUUUCUGAUCAGAUGAGGUUUUGGAGGAGGAAACAAAAUUGUUGGAGGAGAUUGAUGUCAUUUGGAGGAAUGAAGAAAGAAUGUGGAGGCAAAGAUCGAGGAUUAAUUGGUUGGCGGAAGGCGAUCAAAACAAUUUUUUUUCCACAACUCUAAUGUUUACCGGAAGCAUUUCAACAGGAUUAUGGGCCUCAAAGAUGUGUAUGGGAAUUGGAUUAAGCAGCCGAACAUCCUUUCGGCCCACUUAUCUGAUUUUCACAAGGAGUUGUUCAAAGCCAAAGAUACAAGGCUCGACGUGAAUUUUCUCACCGACUUUCCUUGCAUUGUAACUGACGAUAUGAUUGCGGAACUGAGUAAGCCACUUUAUAGGUAGGAGAUCAAGAAUGUGGUUUUCUCUUUGGGACCGCAUAAAUCGCCUGGCCCUGAUGGCUUCUCUAGGAUUUUCUUCCGGAAGUACUAGAACAUUGUUGGGGAAGAUUUGUGUAAAGAGGUGGAAUCCUUCUUUGCAACGUCUUCCCUUCCUCCCGGAUGGAAUGACACACAUAUAGCCCUCAUCCCAAAGAUCCCUUCGCUUGAAUCUGCUUCCCAAUUCCAUCCAAUUAGCUCCUGCAAUUUCAAGUACAAAGUGGUUUCUAAGAUCAUGUCAACUAGAAUCAAGAGGUUCAUGCCAUGUCUCAUUUCAGAAAUGCAAGCUGCCUUCACCGGAGUUCAUUUGAUUCGGGACAACAUCACUAUUGUUCAUGAGGUUCUUCAUCAUUUCAAGAAACGAAAAAAGGGGUAAAGAUUUGAUAUGAUGCUCAAGAUGGACAUGAGAAAGGCCUUCGACCUUGUUGAUUGGGACAGUUUAGGAGAGCUCUUGAAGGCCUAUGGUUUUAAUCAUGCACGGUGUGGUUGGGUCAUGGAAUGUAUUCGCACGGUUCGAUUUUCCAUUC